AAGUUUUAAUCUAACUAUAUAAAAAUAGUCCCUUGUUAGUUUCGGGAAGCCGUCCCGUGAGAGUUUACGAAACUGACUGGCUCGGUUAGAGGAGUGGGAGUCUGGAUCCAGGUUCGGAGAUCUCUUCCAGCCUACGAUAAGCUCAGUUUAGGUGGUUUUGGAUAGUUGGAGAGAUGGGAGGUAGGGUUCAAGUGCAGCAUUACAAUUUGGGAUCGGCUGAUUCUUACAUCGGUAGCUCUCUGCAUGAUCUCAACUCCGUUGAUGGUCCCCCGAGAGAUAUCGACGGAGGAGGAGGCGGCAUCAUUGCUCAUGAAGGCGAUAGCUUGGACAACGACGGACAUUCCUCUUCCGCGAACUGUAUGCACGAAUCAUACACAAACACUCUGCAAAUCCACGACAACGGAGUUGAAGAAGGUGGAACUAACAUGGAGAACAAGGAGCCUUCAGGAUCUUCUUACAAUAUGUUAACCAUUGAAGAUGUUUCACCAAUUGAAUCAGCACGUGGGAGGUUUCUGCAAAUCAUCUUGGAUUACUUUAUUAGCCAACACGUGGUUGAAGUCUGUGAGAACAAACGUGAUCACGAGGCCGAUCCAGGUAGUAAUAAAGCUAAUAAGAGGAAGUCGGAUGAUACACGGUAUGAAGGUGACCCGAGCUUUGCAUUGCCGUUGAUGUAUAUUGCAAACUUAUACGAGACUUUGGUCGGUGAAGCAAAUGUGAGAGUUGCUUCGUUGAAUGGUAUAAGGGAGAAGACUCUUGGUGUUGCACUUGAAGCAGCAGGUGGCUUGUAUAGAAAACUAACCAAGAAGUUUCCUAAGAAAGGUACUUGCAUGUACAGAAGAAGAGAACUUGCAACAUCACUUGAAACAAGGACAAGGUUUCCAGAAUUGGUAACACAUGGAGGAGAGAAACGAGUUCGGUUUGUGGUGGUUAAUGGUUUGGAUAUUGUUGAAAAGCCGGAUGGUAUACUGAUUGAAGAUGCUGAAUGGUUUAAGCGAUUAACAGGCCGCAAUGAAGUAGCUGUCUCUGCUAGUGAUUAUAAAUUCUAUUGCCCUCGACACAAGCAUAGGCGUACUCACAGUUCUACCUGCAGCAUCCAGGGCUUGCCUCAGACAUUUCCAGGUAUGGAUCAACAAGGGUUUCGCUCUGUUAGUGAAGAUCAAAGUCAACAACAACAACACACUCCUUCUCCUUCAAAACAUCACAUGUCAUCUCUGUCUCCUCAGUUUCACCAAUCUAUUCACCAGAGCCACCACCACCACCACCAGCAUCAGUCUAUUUACCAAAAUCAACAUUUUCCCGGUCAGAACCAUCAAUGCGACCCUGAACUGUCUCAAUCCCAACACCAGUCACCAUCUAUUUCGCAGCACAUGGCUUGCUUGCAGCCGAUCACAGGAGGCCAUGUCAUGGCAACUGGUCCUGCGAAAUUCUGUGACCAAUGUGGAGCACAGUACCUGAGAGAAACCUCCAAGUUCUGCUCAGAGUGUGGUGCGAAGAGACUAGGGAUAUAGCAGAGACAGAUUAAAAUCUUGUUUAAGUUGCAAAUUAACAAGAAGCUUAGUGUUUUCAGGGUUGAGAAGUGGGAAAGUUGGUGAAGUAUGUAUGAGCUUAGUUAAUUACUUGGCUCGAAAGUAAUUGAUUAAACUGCGUGAGUUCUGAUCUUUGGGAAAUGCAAAUUUGUAAGCCCUUUACAUAUAUGGCUAUGUCAAAACAUAUAUGACCCAAAACUAUGAAAGUGGUGUAGUUUUGAUAAAAUUUGUAAGGUUUACUUGUUACAAAACUAAUCAAAAUAUUCCAUACAUGUAUAAACAUAA